AUUUAAUUGAGAUUUUCAGUAUUUUGCAGCACUUGAAUAGUUGUAUACAACUCGAUUGCUGAAUUUGGGAUAGACCAUUGGAUGGAGAAGAAUGAUCAUGGCGCUGCUAACAACAUUCCUAGAAUCUCUUCUCAAUCAGAGCAAAAUGAACAACCUGAAUUUGGCUUUCAACCUGAUUAUGGAGGGACCUUGUUUGAUGAUACGAUUUUCCAAACCAAUCAUCUUCAGGGCAUCCCACUGCCCCACAUUUUUGGUCGAGGUUCCAAACGAGAUUUCGCCAGAAGUUCUCAACCACACAAUUUUGGUUUAAUGGAUGAUGGGGAAAAUGUCGUCGGCAAUCUUUCACUGAAUUACGGUGUAGAACCUGAUCCUCAGCACAUCCUAAAUGCGGAGUCCACUUGUCCGUCUCGUGUAGGAAGUAUUACCACAAAUUUUCAAUCUUGCGAUCAUCGCACAACAACCAGCAGUAGUAUCGCUAUGAGCGAUCCACUCCAAUCCGGUAGACCCCAAGGACCACAGAUUGGCAGCAGUUUGGGGAAUAUAGAAGGUAGCGGAAAUGCCAGAUUUUGGUCCCAUGAUCAUCAAAGAUUGAUAUAUCGUCCUGAAUGCUUACCUUCACUCCAGCGUAAUACCCUCCAAAGGCCACAACUUGAUGGAAGCAUCUUAAGCCUUGGAAUUAACACAACUGAUGGAGAUCCAUUUAAUGGUCAUGCAGGAACAGCAAUGUCUGGUAACACUGUCAUGGCCAAUGCAAUGCUAUCGAAUAGGCUUAGUGGGCCGCUUAUUGAUGGAAGUUUUCUUACUACCGGGCAUGGAGGUGAUAGUGAUGUUGGGUUUCAAGUGAAUGAUUAUAGCGGAAGUGGACGCUUUUUGAGCAUGCAAGGUAACAUGGGAGCCAGAAAUCUUCCAAGGAACCAUGGCAGGCUGAUGGGUGUAACUAACAUUGGAGCUGGUCUUAACCCAUUCGUCAACCUACAAACACCACAAGUUCAAGGGCCAUAUCAAGUUGCUGUCCCAAGCAACCAAUUUAUAGGACUUGGAGGUGUUGGAGAUGUAAGAUGUACAGAUCCUCGUGGGAGCUUCUAUUGUAAUCCUUUUUCCACUUCUAUUCCACCCAUCAGUUUCCAGCCGGCAAUUCUCAAUAAUGAGCAGAAUAGGUGGGCCACACGCUCCAGUGUAGUUCAGGAACCUGGUAUUUUGUCCAUAGAUCUCAGCAGAUCACCUCUUCACGAACAACAACAACAACAGCAGCAGCGGCGGCGGCGGCGGCGGCGUUAUCUGCAUAACAUUAGUGGACCAAAUGCUAAUAUAUUUGCACCACAAAUUCGCAAUCCAUACGGUACAUUUGAUCCAUUGCGUGGUUUUACUGCAAGUGCUCAAGAGGAAGCUGGGCGAUUUGGACGCACGGAUAAUCAUCACGUGGCCCCUGUCUGGAGUAGAUGGAGAACCAAUAACACAUUACAGCAUUGUACGGCACCUCCUGUUGUUGGAACCAUAGGCGGCAUUGCUGCACAAAGUCAUUCAGGUCUCCAUGGCCCAACAAAUGGCAGCAGUACCAAUUGGAGUUUAAACAACCAGUCUACUUCAUCUGCACACCAGGCCCGCACUCCGUUCUUUCUUGAAUCCGUUGCGAAUGUUAAUCACCGAGAAAUGCUCAAUUUAGCGGAUGCAGGAGGCCUUGUUCACCCUGCUAAAGGUCUUCGUGGUCGAGCUGCUAAGAGUAAAUCAAUUCAAACAGCUACUGGAGGCAAGUUAACCGUACAAGACAAUCUGAGCAUCCAGCCCACCAACUGUCAUCCCAGUCAAGCUUAUGAGAAGAAAGAAAUUCGAAUUAUCCAACCAUCUGCUAAAGCAUUGCAGGUUUUUCCAGAGCCCCAACUGAAUGGACACCAUCUCAGCAUGGAUUUGAUGGGUCCACCACAUCCUCAGAACAAAGUUACAACCAAAACUACAUCAGAUGGAGUGAGUGAGCUUUUUUCUCUUCAUGCCCUCAACAUCAAUUCUUACUACACAGUUAUAGAGCAAGCUGACAAGAAUAACAGAAAAAGAGGACCUGAUGACUAUCAAUCUUCCAGCUUCCAGACUGGAGAGAAGUGCUACAUUUGCAAAAGGGAUGUUGAUUACGCACCGACAGGCACCAUGUCCAGGUCCAGCGGGACAAUUCCUACUGCGGUUCUCGCAUGCAAGCACGUAUUUCAUGAGGAAUGCUUGUUAAGCAUCACUCCCAGGGAACAGGCCACGGAUCCUCCAUGCAUACCUUGUGCCAUGGGUGAGCGGUAACAUGUCCAACUGCCAAUUUUUGUGCAGCACAUAAAGGAAAAGGAAAGAAAAAAAAAUAAGUGAGAAAAUUCUUACCUUAUGGAGUCUGGUUUUCAGGUAGUUUUUUGGAGUGAAAUGAAACUGUAAAUAGCCAAAAUUGAAAGAUGAGGUUACAAGUAACUAGUCAGGGUGUAGAUAUGAAAGUGA